AUGCAUAUCAACAAUCCAUACUUUGCAGACUACAAUAGGACAGCGAAAUCGAUUUUGGUAUCGGCUGGGUCAACAGACUUCAUUGGACGGCAUCGAUUUGACAAAUUCCAUGUCAAACCACCUAAAAGCGAGCGCAGAAGGCUUAGGUACGAUAGAGAAGAGGAUUUCGACCCAAUCGACGACGUUAUGGGCUUUCUUAUGCCCCCAGACGACGCCGACAACGAAGCAUCUCAACCUCCAGCGGGAUAUGUCGAUUUCCCGGAAGGCGUAUUACUAGGGCAGGGAUUAGGCAGAGCGAAGGGGGUGCCACUUAAGCACCUAAUACCCCCUCCUUCAAGCACAUUUUACCCAGAUACCCAAAAGCGUUGA